UCGAGGAUCGAGGUGCUGAGUAGUGCCUGUUCUUGACAGGUCCCAGUGCCCGUCCCAGAGCAACCAGCAGGGUUUCCCCAGCCCUGUCUGGUUGAGGCAGCCAGGCACUGCGGGUGUUUGCAGCACUGAGGGUUAUGACACCAGCAACAGAGAGCAGCUGCCAAUCCUCAGCUCUCCCCAUGUGCUGCAGAGGCCAAAUAUGACCGCAGAGAUGGAUGGUAACUGUGCCAUCUGCCAGGACACCUGGGAUGACGUGGCUUCUGCUCUGCCCUGUGGCCACCUUUUCUGCCAGGUCUGCAUCCUGCAGUGGGCACAGAUAAAUCCUGUGUGCCCACUCUGCAGAAGAACAAUAGACACUGUCAGGUUUUCUGACAACACAGACAAGUCUCUGGAGAUUGUCAUCACAGCCCCUGAGCAGCUGCCAGCAGCCACGAGCCACGCAGGGAGAGCUCCCGGUGGCCAGGAUGAGAACAGCCCUCAUCCCCCUGUGCUGCCCCAUUCCUCUUCUCCUCAAGAGACACCACCCAGAGCUGUCGGCGGUGUCCUGCCUGAGGUCUGGGCACGACUUUUCCGUCGACAACGGGAACUUCUGGACCCUGUGCGGACUUGGCUGCGCCAAAGGACAGAGACCGUGUGUGGGGAGCUGUGGUGGCUGGCAGAGAGCUGCAUCCUGUACAUGCUCUGUGUGUAUGGGCCACACCAGGAGAUCAUGAUCGAGGGUUUGCGGAGUGUCCUGGAGGAGCACACAGUGCCACUGGUCCAGGACACCAUCGACAUCAUUGUGAGACACUGCAGCUCGGGGGCCCAGAGGCUGCUGCGCUCCAGUGCUGCUGCGGAUGAGAAUGACAGCCCAGCAGCCAGCAGCAGCUCCAGCUCCAGCUCCAGCUCCAGCUCCAGCUCCACAAUCCAGCCAGGAACACCCAGGCUGGAGGACUCUGAUGGGGUCCCCACGGGAGCUCCAGAGGAGCCCGAGCAAGAGGCACCACGGAGCCCUCGGCAAUCCAGCCAGGAACACCCGGGCAGGAGGACACUGAUGGCGGCUCCUGGCUGGGACAGGGGUCGUGGCCAUCUCCAGGCACCUUCUCACAGGGAUCCCCGCAGCCCCGGGCCCUGCCCACCCGCUCUGCCGCCAGCACAAAGGCUUCAGCACAACCACCAAAGGCCGAGGGGCUUCUGGCCAUUUUCCCUGGAACACUGCACGCCUGGGCAGCCUGAUGAGCACAAGCACCCUUCUCCCCCUCUUCCCCAAUGCCCUGCAGACCCUGGGCAGCAAAAGAAAGCUCCUGGGAGGCUGUCUAUUGCAACACAUCCUAUAUUUCUAUAA